GAGAAAUCAUUUACGAAGGGAAAACAAAAAAUUUAAAGAAAAUGAUAAAUAUGUUCAUCUUAAGUAUUCUUGCAAUAGUUGUGGCUUUAAUAAAAUUAAACACUGCUGGCCAAUCUCUAACCAAUGCCAUACACCGUACUCUAGCUGCCCAAGAACGUAUCAACGAUUUGUGGUGUUACGAUUGCAACACCAUGGAUCAGGGUGAUUUAUGUGUGGAUAUAUUAAAAUUGAAUGUGUCGGGAUUAUUGAAGAAGUGCACCGGCGAUGACUUUAUAUGCAUGGUAAAGCGAUUUUCCUACACCACUAGCACAGAGAAUCAGACAAGUGCACCGAAAAUGUGGUCUUUAGAGCGUCGAUGUACGGGCACCUGUGAAUCCGGUUGCAUAGUUAUUGGAGAACGUACGAAACUAUAUGCUUGUACUUCCUGCUGCGAAUCAUCCAAAUGCAAUGUGGGUAAAGGUUCAUCUUCGGCAGUCUUAUAUUCCCGCAUUGAAACUGGUAUUGGAACUGUUUUGACCCUAUUGGGAGGACUUUUGAAUUACUUCACAUAUCCAAAAAUUUACCGAUUAGUAAAGAUUUUUUAUUAUUAAACUUAUUUUACUUACUAUUCUUAUGGUUAAAAGUAGUAUCAAGUUUUAUUUUUGUGGACAUUCUAUAUAAAAAUUUUACUUAACUAUCGUAACCAGAAAGUUUUUACGUUCGU